AACGACAUGGCAGACAUACUCGCAGACUUACCAGUCAUAGUCAUAACAAGAGGAAGAAGAAGAAGAAGAAGAAGAAGAAGACGACGACGAAGAAGCAGUAGCAGCAGCAGCUUGGCUGCACCAGCAUGACCAAGAAGCUGACUCAAUUCGAACCACAACUUGCCAUGGAACUCGACCUCGACUCCUUCCUUAACUCACACCUUUCCCUCUCCGACGAAGACGACGACGACAACCUUAAUUCCGUCCCUCACCGUACGAUCGAAGAAAUCCUCAAUGACUCCGAUUCGUCCGCGUCAUCGUCCCCGCCCUCCACUAUCCACCGCCUCGCAUCUGAUCCCAAACCACCACAUCCGCCCACCGACGCUGUAUCAGUCUCCAGCGCUAAAUCCGACGAGUCCAGUCAAGUCCGGCCGAGGCCCAAUUUGUACACUCGGGUCAAGUCCGGCGAGUUAUCGGACGAUCCGGUCGGAAAGGUUUCGAAGCCGUCGCCAUGGUUGCUUGGAGGCAUGAGAACGAAUGCGAAGCCAGGGGCGGCGCUCGCGGCUGCUGCGGCGGCCUCGAGGUCGAUGCCUACACCGCACGCGGCCGCGAUCAAAUCGAAGAGGAGCGCCGGGAGUGGAGUUUUCCAGAAGGUUCUGGAGAGUACGGAAUUGGAUGAUAAAUCCGAGGUAGGGUCCAAUUCUAAUAAUGAUACGAAUGUAGGUAGUUCUGAAGUGACUGAGUCAAAUUCGAAUGAAGGAGAAGUGGAUUUUGGUGACGAAUUGUUGAGAAAAGAUAGGGUUUGGGAGAGGGAGAGGGAGAGGGAGUUAGAGGAAACGUCUCAAGGUAUUGAAGUAAGUGCUGGGAAUGCUCCGGAAGAAGUGAAAAAUGUUAGUUUUGAUGAGAAUUUGACAAAUUUAGAUGCAAAUGAUGUUAAAGAUAAUGAAUUUAACAAUAAUGUUGAGGUUGUGGAGGAAUGUCAACCAGAAAUACAAGAUAUAGAUGAAAACAGUUCUGGUUCCAAACAUAGUGAUAGUGAGGAGGAGCGUCUUGGUGAUGGUGGUGGUGGCGGUAAUGAUAAUGACGGUGAGGGUGGUGGUGGUGGUGAUGAUGACGAUAAUAAUGAUCGUGAUAGUGAUGAUGAUGGUGAAUUGGGAAGUUCAAUCACUCAACUUGUGGAGGAGAGAAUUGGGCAAUUGGAGAGCAGGAGGAUUAGUAAAAAAGCUGAAAAGAAAUUGCAGAAGCCACUCGAAAUCGCUGAAGAGCUAGAGAAGAAGCAAGCUUCUACUGCUUUGCAUUGGGAAGAGGGUGCUGCUGCUCAACCCAUGAGGCUUGAGGGUGUUCGGAGAGGCUCCACCACAUUGGGAUACUUCAAUGUCGAUGCUAACAAUCCCAUUACCAGGACCCUUUCAGCUCCAGCGUUACGGCGUGAUCAUGGUUCACCACAAGUCUUGGCGGUUCACAGUAAUUACAUUGCAAUAGGAAUGGCAAGAGGUGCUAUUCUUGUUAUCCCUAGUAAAUACUCUGCUCAUAAUGCUGAUAUCAUGGAUGCAAAGAUGCUAAUUCUUGGAUUGCAAGGUGAACGAUCUUAUGCUGCAGUGACUUCUAUAUGCUUCAAUCAGCAAGGGGACCUGCUCUUAGCAGGUUAUGCUGAUGGUCACAUUACAGUUUGGGACGUACAGAGGGCAUCGGUUGCUAAAGUAAUUACUGGAGAACAUACAGCUCCAGUUGUACAUACAUUGUUUUUAGGGCAGGAUUCUCAAGUUACACGUCAAUUGAAGGCAGUUACCGGUGAUAGUAAGGGCCUGGUACUGUUACAUUCUUUCUCUGUGGUUCCCCUGCUUAAUAGGUUCUCCAUUAAAACACAGUGCCUUCUUGAUGGACAAAGAACGGGCACAGUGCUGUCAGCUUCACCCCUCCUCUUUGAUGAAUUCUCUGGAGGGGCUUCACAAUCUGCUCAGGGAAAUGGGACGGUUACAGGUAGCAGUAUUGGUGGUAUGAUGGGGGGAGAUGCAAGUUGGAAACUCUUCAAUGAGGGAUCUUCUUUGGUUGAAGAAGGUGUGGUCGUAUUUGUCACCCAUCAAACUGCUCUGGUGGUAAGACUAACUCCCAAUUUGGAAGUCUAUGCACAACUUUCAAAACCAGAUGGGGUUCGGGAGGGUGCCAUGCCUUGUACUGCUUGGAAAUGUACAACACAAUCACGCCGUUUACCUGCUAAUACUGAAAAUAUGCCCGCUGAAGUAGUUGAAAGAGUUUCGCUACUUGCAAUUGCUUGGGAUAGAAAAGUUCAGGUGGCAAAGUUGGUCAAAUCGGAGCUGAAAGUAUAUGGUAAAUGGUCUCUUGAAAGUGCAGCCAUAGGUGUGGCUUGGCUGGAUGAUCAGAUGCUGGUGGUUCUUACGAUGACUGGACAACUUUGUUUGUUUGCAAAGGAUGGAACUGUAAUUCACCAAACAAGUUUUUCUGUAGACGGUUUUGGAGGGGACGAUCUUAUUGCUUAUCAUACUCACUUCGUUAAUAUAUUUGGGAAUCCUGAAAAAGCUUAUCACAAUUGUGUAGCUGUAAGAGGAGCUUCUGUAUAUGUACUUGGACCUAUGCAUCUUAUUGUUUCCCGGCUUCUCCCAUGGAAGGAACGAAUUCAAGUUUUAAGGAGAGCAGGUGAUUGGAUGGGUGCCUUGAACAUGGCAAUGACAAUUUAUGAUGGCCAAGCUCAUGGUGUCGUUGACCUUCCUAGAACUCUGGUUGCUGUACAGGAGGCCAUAAUGUCCUACCUGGUUGAGUUACUUUUGUCAUAUGUAGAGGAAGUAUUUUCAUAUAUAUCAGUAGCAUUAGGCAACCAAAUUGGAAUUAUGGAUCAAGUUGACGACUUAAACAGCAAAAGCAGUUCUGUGCACUCUGAAAUAAAAGAGCAAUACACCCGUGUCGGUGGAGUUGCAGUGGAAUUCUGUGUCCAUAUCAAGAGGACUGACAUACUUUUUGAUGAAAUCUUUUCCAAGUUUGUAGCUGUUCAACAGAGAGACACAUUUUUGGAGCUGUUGGAGCCGUAUAUAUUGAAGGACAUGCUUGGUUCUCUUCCACCUGAGAUUAUGCAAGCACUGGUAGAGCAUUAUAGCCGCAAAGGAUGGUUACAGCGUGUUGAACAAUGUGUUCUCCACAUGGAUAUUUCAUCCUUGGAUUUCAAUCAGGUUGUUAGGUUAUGCCGGGAGCAUGGAUUGUAUAGUGCUCUGGUGUAUCUCUUCAAUAAAGGUUUGGAUGAUUUCAGGUCACCUUUAGAGGAACUGUUGGUGGUCUUGCAAAAUAGUAAAAAAGAAGGUGCUACUGCCCUUGGUUACCGGAUGCUAGUUUAUUUGAAGUACUGUUUUUCAGGCCUUGCUUUUCCACCAGGACAGGGAACAAUUCCUCCUCCACGCUUGCCAUCUCUCAGAACAGAACUUCUGCAAUUUUUAUUAGAGGGUUCUGAUGCUCCUAAUUCAAGGGCAGCAGGAGGAGAAUAUCUUAACCUGUAUUUUCUCUUGGAGCUAGAUACUGAAGCUACUUUAGACGUUCUGAGAUGUGCGUUCAUUGAAGAUGAAAUCUCGAAACCCGACGUUUCUUCUCAUGAUUCAGCUGAUGCAAAUAUGGAGCUGCCAGAUGGGAAUAAUUCGAUGGCUCAAAGUCAGAAUUCAAUGGUUCAAAGUACAGUAGAUACUCUCAUUCAUAUUGUUAGUAAGGGCAUCUCCCAAACAGAUGGAUCUCCUAGCAAUGAUGAGACUGCAUCAACAGUAGAGUGGCCUUCAAAGAAAGACAUUGGUCAUCUGUUUGAGUUUAUUGCGUACUAUGUUGCAUGUGGAAGAGCUAAUGUCUCGAGACAUGUACUGUCUCAAAUUUUGGAGUACUUGACGUCACAGAAUAACUUUCCAUCAUGGGUUCCUGGAGAUACCAUAACUUCAAAAAAAAGAGAGAAGCAGGUUCUUGGCCUUCUUGAGGUAGUGCCUGAGACUGAUUGGGAUUCAUCUUAUGUGUUACAGCUAUGUGAGAAAGCACGAUUUUACCAGGUUUGUGGCCUAAUUCAUAACAGCAGGCAUCAGUAUCUUGCUGCUCUGGAUUGCUACAUGAAAGAUGUAGAUGAACCCAUUCAUGCCUUCUCCUUUAUCAACAAAACAUUAUUACAGUUGACUGACAAUGAAUCCGCCGCUUUUCGAUCAGAAGUAAUUUCUCGAAUUCCAGAGCUUUUUGACUUAAACAGAGAAGGCACAUUCGUCUUGGUUAUCGACCAUUUUACUAGUGAAGAAGGUUCACAUAUCCUCUCUGAACUUCGUUCCCAUCCAAAAGGCCUAUUCCUUUACUUAAAAACGGUGAUUGAGGUUCACUUAUCUGGCACCCUCGACUUUUCAAGUUUAAGAAAAGAUGAUCUUGUGAGGGUGAAGGAUCAAUCAAAAGCAGUGGAGGCUUACUUGGAAAGGAUCUGUGAUAUCCCAAAGCUUUUGCGUAACAAUCCUGUUAAUGUGACUGAUGAUAUGAUUGAACUUUAUCUGGAGCUGUUAUGUCAGUAUGAGCGCAAUUCAGUUCUCAAAUUCCUAGAGACUUUUGAUAGCUAUCGCGUGGAACACUGUUUACGCCUGUGCCAGAAAUAUGGGAUAACAGAUGCUGCAUCAUUCUUGUUGGAAAGGGUUGGUGAUGUUGGCAGUGCUCUUUUACUUACACUUUCCACCCUCAAUGAAAAAUUUAUCAAGCUUGAUACUGCUGUGGGAAGUCUGGUAUCAAGUGGUUCUGCACGUACUGAGCAUUUCAGCAAUGCUUUAAAAUUGGAGGAGGUGAGCGACAUUAACAGUAUAUUGCAUGCCUGUAUUGGAUUGUGCCAACGGAACACCCAUCGUUUAAAUCCUGAUGAAUCAGAGGCACUCUGGUUUAGAUUACUGGACUCGUUUUGUGUGCCUUUAACGGAUUCCCUUAAUGCUGGAAGAGUAUCUAAAGGAGACGAUCAUAAAACAGUGGUAGCUGAGUCAUUGGAAUCAGAAGAGGAUGAGGUGGCUUUUAUUAUAGAGUGGAGAAUCUCAAAGCUCCAUAAAGGCGCUCAUAUCUUAAGAAAAGUGUUCUCUCGGUUCAUCAAGGAGAUUGUUGAGGGCAUGAUAGGUUAUGUUCGCCUUCCAACCAUCAUGUCCAAACUCCUUUCUGAUAAUGGUAGCCAGGAAUUUGGUGAUUUUAAAUUCACAAUAUUGGGGAUGCUUAGCACAUAUGGCUUUGAAAGAAGAAUUCUGGAUACUGCCAAGUCCCUGAUAGAAGAUGAUACAUUCUACACUAUGAGCAUACUCAAGAAAGGGGCCUCUCAUGGGUAUGCCCCUCGGAGUCAAAUAUGUUGUAUAUGUGAUUGUCUUCUUGACAAGAACUCUUCUAGCUACAUUCGCAUUUUCAAUUGCGGUCAUGCAACACAUCUUCAAUGCGAAGUUUUGGAGAAUGGCACAUCAAGUAGUAGCUCGUCCUCCGGAUGCCCUGUUUGUAUGCCUAAGAAGAAAUCUCAGAGGUCCAGAAACAAAUCGGUCCUUCCAGAGAAGAGUUUAGUGAAGGGGUUUUCUUCAAGAACCCAACAAAUACACGGAACAACUGUCCACCCACAUGAAAGCAAUGCAUCAGAGAAUACCUAUGGGCUUCACCAAAUAUCGCGAUUUGAGAUGUUGACCAAUUUGCAGAGAGACCGAGGAUUGGUCGAGAUUGAAAACAUGCCUCAACUGAGGCUUGCACCUCCAGCUGUGUAUCAUGAAAAGGUUCAGAAAGGAACUGUUCUUUCACCAGCAGAAAGUAGCAGUGAUCUUGCGAGAAUAGGGAAACAAAGUAAAACCAAGCAACUCAGGGAGCUAAAAGUAAAGGGGUCAUCUCUCCGGUUUCCCUUAAAGUCAAACAUAUUCGGUAAUGGCAAGGAGAAGACCAGCAAGCGGUGACAUUAUCGUCAUGUACACAACUAACAAAAACACUAGAGUUGGAAUUCAGCAGAGGCUAUACAAUAACUGAUAUCUUUAAGUACCGUUUUAGCUUCGUUUUUAACCCCUUACUUCGUUUUCCUCUGUUACAUGUAAUUCUUUCUAUGUUAAUUUGUGUCUGUACUUAAAGCUGUUGUAAACUUGUAAUUACUUUGUAAAGUGGUACCAGUUUUGUAUAUGAAUCAUAGAAAGGCACUUGGCAUUUGUAGUGAAAUCAAAAUACAAUCCAUCAGUAAUGAAGAAGGAUUUUAUCUUGGAUGGUU